AUGUCUACUAUCACCACCAGCCCAAUCAACCAUGGCCCCCAUGGUACCUCCCCUGCUGGGUCUGAUACUUUAUCUACAGACACUGUCAAACAUGCGCCAGUCAUGACUCUAGCCGAAGUACCGAUAGAGCCCACCAAUGUCAUGGAGGGCGAUGUCCAUACAGAGGGAGCAAUGGGAGUCAAAGACCACCUCCCUAUCCUCUGGUACUUAUCACCGCCAGGAGCACAAGGAGUUAAUACGGUUGCAACUGAAGACUACCUUUAUGUUGGACAUAGAGGCCGUGUGUACCGCCUUAGUAGGCUGACAGGUGUCGUGCAAGCGGAGCAGGAGCUCAAGAACUAUGGCUUUGAGGAGGUAUCUGUCGCAAUUUCUGAGGACAGGUCGCUUCUCUUCAUUGCAACGAAUGGAAAGCUUGUCUCUCUCGAUCCCAUGUCCCUUGAACCCCGAUGGUCCAAAGAAGUUCCAGAUUCUAACAGAAGAAUUCGAAUCUUGCUUACCAAUGAUCGGAUUUAUACCGGCUCAGGAGGCACUGUGCACGUCUGGACUCUGAACGGCGCUCAUAUAAACCGACGAAGCAUCGACCAGGAUGGGUUUGAUAUCAGGUUCGACAUUUCUUCUGAUAACGGGCUCCUUGUCGCUGGUACUCGUGGCUUCAUACGUGCCUACAAGCUGCCUGAUCUCUCUUCUACCCGUUGGGACGAGGAUGUCUCCGACAAAGGCGGUUCUGAACCAACUUCGGUCGUCUAUGGCAGCGAUUUUGUAUACGCUGCCAACAUUGGCUGGGUUUAUCAACUGAGAGCAACAGACGGGGUUGUCCUCAAAAAGCGAGACUUCAGUAAAUCUACUGGCAGCUACGAAGUCAACCUUGCACUUGACAAGACCUCCAAUCGCCUUUAUGCUGGAUGCAAUGGCUAUGGUAUCUGCAUGGACGCUACUUCCAUGGAGACCUUUUACAAGACUAGCCUCCCUGGAGCCGGAUGGAAUAUCACGAGUGUUGUAUCGACUGGACGCUCAGCCGUGUUUGGGUGCAAGGGAAGAGUGUUCCAGCUGGAUACAAGCGGCAAAGUUGUUGCACAGAAUAAUCUAGACGGUUAUGGUAAUGGGAAUACUUCUCUCACCUUUUGCGGCCCUGACCGGCUAUGGGCUUGCCCUGAUGGUUAUGUCGUCGCAAUGAUUAUGCUGGUAGUGCCCUAA